AUGGUGGACAACGAUUCCGAGGCGUCUGUGUUGCGCCAUCAACGUUUUCAACAAGCCGAUCGAAUAGCUCCGAAAUUGGUCGACCGGACAGAAAAGCUGCAACAGAAAUAUCAAGGACAAAAUGGUGCCGGAAACGUCAUGAAAAAAGAUCCUGCUGGAGGUUUCGAUGACACACCUAUCCCUCAAGCUCCUCCCGGAUAUACGAUCAAGAUCACAUUCCAUCGGGCAGAGAAUCUUCCAUUCGCUGAUAUAGGAACUCUGUCGUCGGAUCCCUACAUUCUUGCCGUUCUCCGCACGGAUUUGCCUAAGAGGCAUAAACAAGAUCCCGAUCUGAGACUCAGGGUACCAACCAUACAUCGAAACACCAACCCGGAAUGGAAUGUCGAAUGGAUAGUCGCGAACGUGCCCCAAUCUGGCUUCUUCCUCAAGUGUCGAUUGUACGAUGAAGAUCCCCGCGACCACGACGAUCGACUGGGAAAUGCCCACAUCAUUGUUGACAAUAUUGAUGACCAUUGGGCCGGAUUUUCGCAUCACAAGUUCGAACUGAAAAAACGAAUGGCAAGCAAAAGGGCAUACACUCUUCGCGGUUGUGCCGUUCUGCUUUCAUCACGUGUCAAAAUGGGCGGUGGUCUGAUUGUCAGUGUUGAGAAUCUGGGUCGGACCCCAGGAGAAGACGGUGGACGCAUAUAUACUGUCGGCCCAUUACCUUGGAGUCGGCACUACUCUCCAUUGAUCGGUCGACUUGCUGGGACCAAGGAUACCGAGCAGGGUAAAGACGGAAAGGAGAUCCGGAGAUAUAAUUUUCAGGCAGUUCAAAUGCAGCUUCGGGGCCCGGUUCCAGCCGAUCUCUAUCAUCGAUAUGUCGAGUUCAAACCGUUCGUCGCGGGCAUGUUCACCUCUCACACUCUCCGUGGUCGCCUCCUGAAUCGAGCUCUGCACCAUCAACAUGCUCGAAUUUACAACUACGAUCGAGCAACCAAAUAUGGAGUCUUCCAGGAACCAAGCAUCGAAAUGACCAAACAGUUUCUCGACUUUGUACAUUACGACGAAGGGGGUCGAAUCUUUACUUAUGUCCUGACCCUCGACGCUCAACUACGAUUUACCGAAACUGGAAAAGAGUUCGGUAUUGACUUGCUCAGCAAACAUACCAUGCAUAGCGACGUCAGCAUUUAUAUUGCGUUCAGUGGAGAGUUUUUCAUUCGACGAAUCAAACAUGGCCAUCUUCAUAAGAAGGAGAGCAGCGUCGAUCCUACUAAGGACACGCAUCCCACGGCACCUGGACCGAGCGAGAGGGAGGGACAUGACAACACUGCCAACGAUAAGGACGAAGGCCCACAAUCAGUCCCAAUCACCGGGUUUGGACCCAGCAAAGGCCCCUCCCACUACGAAUUGAUCAUCGACAAUGACAGCGGCACUUACCGACCCAACGCGAAGAAACUACCCGUGCUUCGUGAAUAUUUGUCCGAAAAUCUGCCCGGCUUGAAGAUCGUGACAUUGGAUUGCCAGGAGGACGAGGAGAAGAUGCAGAAGUUGAAAUCAGAGCAACGCGAAAGGAAGAAAAAAUCGGGGAAACAAAUCAUGUAUCUCCAAAACAGCAGCAUGAGCAGCAUCAGCUCAAGCGAUGAAGAGAACUUGGAAGCGAGAGCUACCGGUGGAGAGCUAAAAGAGCAUAGAUAUAAGCGUGAGAUGCAUAAAUUCAUGGGUGGAGGGAGAGAUGAACAUCAUUAUCCCGAUGUGGAAAGACCGAAUUGA